AUGAGUGCUUGUUAUUUAGAAUUAGACUGGAAACCUACUGGUUCUCCCACACCUUAACAUCAUUUACUGCGCAGUGUAUCAGAUUUUAACCAACGAGUCGUUGAACAGCUGAACGAGGCCAUAAAGAGUUCGCUACGAGAUGGGGGCGAGGUCCCGGGAGUUGGUACUGCUCCUGGCAGUGUGCGCAUUGGCACUCAGUGA